AUGUACAGAUCUACAUCCUGUCUGCCCUGCAUUGCUGGGACCUUCAUGGAUGAACCGGCAAACAAGUCAGAGUGCUUCCGAUGUACAAAGUGUGAUUCAGGUUCUGGUUUGAGGAUAAAGAGACCAUGCACAACAACAUCAGAUACAGAUUGUGAAACGCUGGAUGGAUUCUACUGUGUGGACUUUAGUAAAGACAGCUGUAGGACAGCACAGAAACACACAAGCUGUCAACCAGGACAAUAUAUCAGCCAAAACGGAACUGCCUUGACAGACACUGUGUGCACUGACUGCAGUAAUGACACAUUCUCGAAUGGGACAUUUACAUCUUGUCAGCCACAUACAAAAUGUGAAUCACUAAAUCUUCACCUGAUAAAAGCAGGAAAUUAUUCAACUGAUGCACAAUGUGGAGAACUAAGUCUAAACACAGCAGUAAUUGUGAGGAGUGUUGUUGUUGCUGUGAAGAAAGAAGAAAUGGUGCAGAUACUCUCCAAGAAGUUGAAAUCAGUCUUCCAUGAUGUUCACCUGCAGGAACUGGAGCCUGUCCUCAGACACACUGGAUGA